AUGACAUAGCUCCGUCGUCGACAUCCCUCCCUUUCCCCAUCUCCAGACGUACUUGAUAUAUCGACCCGAUCUAGAAUCCCGAACGCGUUGCACGGAGAGCGAGUUGUUCUUGAGCGUCCUGAUUGACUUCUGAGCGACUAAUAAGGAUCUGCGACGUCAACAGCGAGCUUGUCUGACCCUCACUUCCGACCCCCAACUUCCACCAUACCACACAAUGUCGUCGGCAUCAUCCCCCAGCUCCGGCACCAACGCCGCCAUAGCCGGAAAACGCAAGCGCGACGCGCCCGUCGCGCUGCAGCCCUCCUCGCGCGACGCCUCGGGCGAAGAGACCACCGAGCCGCCGCUGAACCAGCUGCACAAGAAGGGACCCGGUCUCGCGAUCGAGACGCAGCGGAAGCGUCAGCGGUCUGGGCUGGCGACCGAGAGGUCGGUGGGCAGCGCGGAUGAGGAGGAGGAUGAGGAGGAGAGCAGUAGCAGUGUUGGGCUGGGAGGGGAUGCGAUGGCGGCGCCGCCGGUGGGGAAGCUGACGGAUCCGGUGGGGUAUAAGACGAAUGCGCCGCCGGAGGGGAGGGCGGUCAGGGUGUAUGCUGAUGGGGUGUUUGAUCUUUUCCAUCUUGGACAUAUGCGCCAGCUCGAACAGGCGAAGAAGGCUUUCUCGGAGGUAUACCUGAUUGUUGGGGUGACGGGGGACAAGGAGACGCACAAGCGCAAGGGUUUGACUGUGCUGUCUGGACAAGAACGCGCCGAGACGGUGCGUCACUGCAAGUGGGUGGAUGAGGUGAUUGGUAACUGCCCGUGGAUCGUGACACCGGCGUUCCUGGAGGAGCACCAGAUCGACUAUGUCGCGCACGACGACCUGCCAUAUGGAGCGGACGAGGGCGACGACAUCUACAAGCCAAUUAAACAGGCGGGCAAGUUCCUCGUCACCCAGCGCACGGAGGGCGUCAGCACAACUGGAAUUAUUACAAAGGUCGUCCGCGACUACGAGAAAUACAUCGCCCGCCAAUUCAAGCGCGGCACCUCGCGCCAGGAACUCAACGUCUCAUGGCUCAAGAAGAACGAGCUAGACCUCAAGCGCCACGUGGGCGAGAUCCGCGACUCGAUCCGCAAUAACUGGACCUCGACGGGCCAGGAGCUGGGCAAGGAGCUGCAGCGCUUCUGGCAGCCCAGCCGGCCCGCUAGCCCGAUGCGCGGGCUGAGCGGUGGGCCGGAGGGGGUUGCGGUGGGGAGCCCGAGGGCGUUGGGGCAUUUGAGGGAGAGGUUGGAGUUGCCCGGGGGGUGGGGGAAUGGUAAUGGUGGGGACUUUGCGACGGGGUAUAGUUUGGGACUUAUUGGGGGUGUGAGGUCGUGGAUGACACGCAGCCGCUCGUCGAACAGGAACAGUCGCCAAGAUAGCGACGACAGCGACGCCGAUGACAGUGAUGAUAAAUCGCCCAACGAUGAGAAGUCGCCUACGAGAGGGCGCACGGGGAAGGCGAGCGCGAGCUCGACCCGUGAGGAAGGUGCACAAGCAUGAAUAGUGACAGAUCUUUAAAAGGCUUUUACGCUGCUGGAUCGAGUGGGGUAGUAGAUAGAAAGUUUUGCUCAUAGCAAGCGCGCGUG